AUAUACAUUCAUAGGAAUUAAAAACAUGCGUACUUUUUAAUUCAAAUAUUUUGAAUACUGGUUCUUCAGAAACAUUGUAUGGAUUCGUUUUCGUUAUAAAAAUCGGCUUGUGCCGCUGCUCUUGAGUGGGUUCCAUAGGUUUCCUAGUAGAUUAUCUGGUACAUGUCGGUUAGUCGCAUCAGGCAGCUCGUUAAGAACGGUUCGUUUUUAGGAGUCUAGAUUGUGUAUGUUCCCGAGGUGCUCAUAAAUUUAUUGUGGUGUUUUAGUGUGUGGUGCUGGUUGCAGAUCAAAUAGUGCGUUUUUGAAUAAGAUAAAAGAAAUUGUUCCCACAAAAUUUGGUUAUAUACCUUGAUCCCGGCCAAUUGUGAUAAGGCAACCCACUUGUGAAGCACCCAAAUCUUUUUCAAGAGCUUGUGUCAACAUUUUUCGUAUGGCUGUUAGAUUUGAGUUGAGUUGACGAUCCGUGUGUACAUUUGGCUCCUAACACUUUGCAUUCGACGGGCAUGCAUUCAGAUAAGAGAUUCUUCUGGCGAUUCUUCGGAUUCCACAAAUAUUUGGACAUAUGUACCUUGGUGCCAGAGCUGCAGAACAUGGAAGACAUGUCAAGUGCUGUGAUUUGUGGUCGCGUUGAACUGUCGAUGAUUGCAAUUUUUGUGAUUUUUCCUAUCAGCCAACUGCAGCAAGACUCAUAAAUUACAUUUUGAGAUAGGUAUAAUUAAUUCGGAUUAAUACAGAUUUCUGAUUUGUAUGAAAGUGAUUUGACAACCAGCUUGGUAUGAUAUUUAAGAGUAAUUGAGCUUGGAUAUCUUGUCAACAAGGUAGCAAGAGGGGGCCUGGCUUUUUAUCGAUGACUAGAUAUGCAAAUUACUGCCGAUAACGGUCAUCAUAAAUGGGGAUUAAGUUUGAAUUUCUAUUUUUGCGCCAGCUCAACGAUCAAGAGCUAUAAAAUUCAGAGUAAACAAAUUCAUAAACUAACGAAUUAACGAAAGUCACCUGUUGUUCAACGCUUGACGUGAGCUCCACAUUGUUAACCAACUAGUUUUUGGCGAACUGGAAAUUUGCAUUAUCGCGUGUUUUGGUGACGAGCCCUUAAGCGCCAUGAUACUUGAUAUACUGAUAACUGAUCCUAUAAACUGAUCUAUAUAAACUCAGCUAUUGGGUUCCAGCCCGUCUUGUGUCUUGUGACCGUCCAUCCGGAUGCAUUUGAGCUUUUGUGUUGUCUGCUGCCUGCAUUUCAUUUUGUUGUCUUGUACCUCGAAUUAGCCGUAAACCUAAAAAAUGGAUGAUGCUGCAGAAUACCAGAAACUCCGGCGAAACAUGCAGGCAGCUCAAGGAACGAGUGUAGGACAUACAGGCUUACAGGAUGGCAUCAGUACUGUGGUGUACAGCACGGAGGGCGAAGAGGUGAGUGUCCUGGGAGCCAUUGGGCGUAGAAGUUGCCUAACAUAUCUUGCGUCUCAAAAGCUUACCAUAAAUUGUGAGGCGGAAUCGGAGUCCUCCGCCCAACGCGAUCAGUGGAGCAGGGGAGUGGAGUUCCUCUUCUCCUGCAUCGCCUUAUCCGUGGGCCUCGGCAAUGUCUGGCGGUUUCCCUUCAUUGCUCUCGAGAACGGCGGUGGCGCCUUUCUGAUACCCUAUGUGAUUGUGCUGCUGCUGAUUGGCAGACCGGUUUACUAUCUGGAGGUCAUCAUUGGGCAGUUCUCGAGCCGUGGCUGCAUCAGGGCCUUUGAUAUGGCGCCUAUAAUGAGGGGUAUUGCCUAUGGUCAGGUGUAUUCCACCGCCUUGGCCACCACCUACUACGCCUGCAUUAUGGCCCUGACCAUCAGGUAUUUGGUGGCCAGUUUCAGCGAGGUCCUGCCCUGGACAUAUUGCCUGGUGGAAUGGGGCAAAAGUUGUGUGGCCACAGGAGUCACAGCUGCCAAUGACUCAUCCAUUGUGCAGGGGGUUUCCUCCGCCGAGCUGUUUUUCACGCAAACAGUUCUAAGAGAGCCCGAAACGCUCGAGGAUAGUGGACUGGGUACUCCGAGUUGGGAUCUGGUCCUGUGCCUCUUGGCCACUUGGGUGAUCAUUGGCACUGUUUUGUCAAAAGGCAUUCGCAGUUCCGGGAAAGCUUCCUAUUUCCUGGCCCUGUUUCCCUACGUGAUCAUGAUCGUACUGUUCAUCCGGGCGGUCACUUUGCCAGGUGCCUGGCAGGGAAUUGUGUACUUCCUGAAACCCCAAUGGUCCCAGCUGCUCAAUCCGCACGUGUGGUACGCGGCCAUCACCCAGAUGUUCUUCUCAUUGGCCAUCUGCUUCGGAACCCUGGUCAUGUACGCCUCCUUCAACGAUUUCAACAAGAAUGUGCGCAAGGAUGUGAUAAUAAUCACCACCAUAGACUCGCUUACGUCCAUUCUGGCUGGUUGCAUCAUCUUUGGAAUCCUGGGCAACCUUGCCUUCGAGACCAACACCGAGGAUAUUUCGCAGGUGGUCAAGGGUGGAGCUGGUCUAGCAUUCAUUUCCUAUCCGGAGGCGAUUGCCAAGUUCAAGUACCUUCCCCAACUGUUCGCCGUGCUGUUCUUCUUCAUGCUCCUGGUGUUGGGCAUAGGAUCGAAUAUUGGAAUGGCCUCGGCUGUGGUGAAUGUGGUUAAGGAUCGAUUCACCCACUUGCCGCAUUGGCUGCUAGCCCUGGGCACUUCGAUAAUUGGAUUCCUGUGUGGCCUGGUGUACAUGACUCCGGGCGGACAGUUCGUACUGAAUCUCGUCGACUUUUAUGGCUGCACCUUUAUAGCCCUGGUCUUAGCCAUCGCAGAGUUGUUGGCCGUGGGCUGGAUUUACGGCGUGAAGCGCAUCUGCAGCGACAUUGAGUUUAUGCUGAAUGUAAAGACUGGCUUCUACUGGCGCAUCUGCUGGGCCCUUGUGGCACCUGGCCUAAUGUUCCUGGUCCUCGUCUACAUGCUCUUCAGCUACGAACCCCUGACGUACAGAGGGGUUCAGUAUCCACCGGACUACUAUAUGGCUGGCUGGAUUAUCUGGGGACUGGGUGUGCUGCAGCUGCCCUUCUGGGCUUUGGUCACGAUUUUCCAGCAGCCAGGGAAGACUUUUGGCAGUAAAUUCCGAAUGGCCAUGCAACCCACUGCCAAUUGGGGUCCGCUGCAGACGCAAAAGUUCGAGGCCUACAUACUCCAUCGAAAGCGCGAGGCGGACUUUAAGAGCCCACGUGGCGGAUACUUGUUCGACAAUAUCUUUGGCUAAUGGCUAAUGGAUAAUGGCUAGAGGACCAGUUUA